AUGGCCAAACGCACCAAGGUCGGGAUUGUGGGCAAAUACGAGACCCGUUACGGUGCCUCCCUCAGGAAAAUGGUGAAGAAAAUUGAAAUCAGUCAACAUGGCAAGUACACUUGCUCCUUCUGCGGCAAAACCAAGAUGAAGAGAUGUGCUGUGGGCAUCUGGCACUGCCAUUCCUGCAUGAAGACAGUAGCUGUUGGGGCCUGGACCUACAAUACCACCUCUGCUGUCAGAGUAAAGUCUGCCAUCAGAAGACUGAAGGAAUUGAAAGGCCAGUAG